UUCCUAGUUGCUUCCUUAUUGUGUCUAUCUUGUUCUCUCACUUUCUGGGGAGGGAAACUUGAGAAAUUGGGAAUAUCCCAAAUCAACGCAAGAACACACUCUUCUAGACCAGUUCUUAUCUUGCCUCAGUUAAACCAUGUUUCAGGUAGCGUCCAGGUCUCUGGUGAAGAUCGGAGAGAAACCCAUGAGUCCCAACAGCUUCCUGUUGCCGGCGAGAUCGACAGACAUGGAUCCUGGGAUCUGGAGCCGGCUGCCGGAGGAAAUCCUCGAGUACAUACUCUCCUUUUUGCCUCUCAAAAGCUUCCUGAAUUUGAGGUCAACGUGUAAGCACUUCAGGUCUCUGUUGUUCUCACCUUCUUUCAUUUCCAAACACUCUUCCUCUUCUCCUUUCUCAUCUUUUCUCCUCCUUUCUCAUCCUCAAUGCCAUGGCUGUUUUCCAAUCUAUGAUUCGGUUCUCAGCUCUUGGAGGAAUUUCCCUCUUUCGUCUUCACCAUUGAUUCCUCGCUCUGCUCCUUCUACUCUUGUCUCUUCGUCAAAUGGGAUCUUCUGUUUUUCCCUCCCCUCGUCAUAUUCUUUCCUUGUGUGCAAUCUCUUGGCCAAAUCUUCGAGGGUUAUUAAAUUUCCGUCUUACCCAUUUGGAUUCGAUUUGCUCACUUUGGUUUCCACCCCGUUUGGGUACAAAAUCUUCAUGAUUUGUUCGAAAUUCUCUUCGAAUGAGGUAUUCGUUUAUGAUUCAAAGGUUCAUUCUUGGGGAAAAUUCGAUGGUUUUCAGCCGAUUCUCACUGACAAUUACCAUCAGGAAGGCGUGUACUUUAAUGGGUCUUUGUAUUUCACAACACCGGAGCCGUUUUCCAUAGUUUCCUUCAAUAUGGAGAGUGGGAAAUGGGAAAGACCCAAUGUUGAAUUACCAGGGGAGCUAACAUUUGUUAGGCUGGUCAGCGGCGAUGGGAAGUUGUAUUUGGUGGGAGGAAUUGGGAGGAAUGGUAUUUCCAGGAGCAUGAAACUGUGGGAAUUGGAGGAAGGAGCGAAUUGGAUGGAAGUGGAGAGACUACCGGAACUUAUGUGCAGGAAAUUCAUGUCCGUCUGUUACCACAACUACGAGCAUGCGUAUUGCUUUUGGCACCAGGGAAUGAUCUGCGUUUGCUGCUACACAUGGCCGGAAAUCCUGUACUACAAGGUCUCGAGGAGGACCUGGCACUGGCUCCCCCGGUGCCCGUCAUUGCCGGAGAAAUGGAGCUGUGGCUUCAGGUGGUUCUCUUUUGUUCCGGAACUGUAUGCUUUGGUUUAAGUUUUCCAGUUUUAUUUUUGUUCUGUUUUUGUGCUGUUUCUCAGUUUUCUGUUUUUGAUUUUGUAUAAUAAAGUAUGAAUUCAGGU